AUGGGUCAAGUUGACGAGGUCGGCUUCCGCCCCCACCCUCUCCCGCACCACUUUUCCAUCCAUGCGCUCAUCGCGACUCAUCAGACUCGCGACGCAACACACCCCAGCGUCAAUGGCGACCUGAUCAGCAUCCCACAACCGCCCAGCACAAUGGAUCGCUCGCAGCCCUCUUCGUCCAACCUCAUGGGUUCGUAUGCCCGUCCGCCUCAAACCAGGCACCGGUCCCCCAUCUCCAUCGUCGUCCGUCCAUCAUCGGAUACUAACGCCGCGCAAGACAACCACAACCGCCUCGUCGCCGACAUCCUCACGCGCUACCGCACCCUCAUGAUGCUGGCCACCGUCCAGGCAGAGGGCGAGCGGAGCAACGCCACGCCCGAGACCAUGGCCGUCAGUGGCAUCUCCAUGAAGAUGGAGUUUGACGGGCUGAACUCCUCCAUCAAAGACCUGUUGUCGCUGUCGCGCAAGAUCAAGGAGCUGUGGGUGUUUGGGCCGCUGGGCCAGGGCGAUCCCGACCGCAAGGCCAAGGACGCCCAGAUUGAGGACGACGUCGCGCUCGUCUCGGCCCUGCUGAACGGCCUCGACGGCCGGCGGAUGAGAGACCUGGCGCAUAGGUGUGGCGGUACGUGGGAGGUGUUGGCCAAGGAGGACGCUACGACGGCCAAAUGA